AGUCACAUAGAACACAAGGCUUUAAAAAAUGUUCUAGCUUCAGGAUCGAGUCGCUCUUACUACAACCUUCGGCGAAUUCGUUUUUGGGAGGUUGAGAUGGAUUUUCCAAGUCAUGGCUCACAACUGUCUUUGGCUUUUUUGCUCUCCAAGUCUGUUGUACUUGGUACGUAGGCAUGUGUCUUAACAACGGUUAUAGGCUGACUUGAGGAUAAACUUCGGUGGUACCUAUUUUUCACAUGGCCCCUAAAUCCCUCACCACUGUCAGUUUGUUGUUUAUUUAUUUAGCUUUCGGUCUAACCAAUUCAUUUACCUUUAAAAAAAAAUGUGUGGGCUUUGUCUCUUGAGUCUAAACUGGUGCCGUUUUCAUCAUGUUCAUGUGUUAUUCGAAACGGAUGGCGUCAGCUUCAUUCUGUUUUGUUUAUUUCAGUAGAAUAAUUCUGCCACAAGAAAUGAAUUUUGAGUCGAAGUGUACAAUGAAACUCGCAGAUUAAAAUUAUCACCAUAUUUUUUUGUGGUUCUUAAAAUAUGAGACGAGUGAUACAACAAAUGGAUAAAAACUCAAGGAACUCCUUGUUUCUUCAGAAUGUUAACUAUUGUAUUUCUGUCAUAUUUAACAACGUAUUUCACGUUUAAAAUGUCUUCAAACCAGUUUGACUUGCAUUUCACUUUGCCAGAAAUGUUGUGAUCCUUCAAUUUUUAUUCCUUAAUCGAGACUGAUGAUAGGAAUUAACUUUUAUGUUAUCUGCUGUUUAGGGAGAUGUGAAUGAUUACCCCACUACAUAUAGUUAGUACUAUUGACAGAAUGGAUAGGUGUGACAUGUACUGUGCCUAGCUGGUAUUGAAGAGAAUGUAAUUAGUACCAGAAGCUUACUACUGGUAUAAAAUGAUCAAUCUUUUGUUCUUUCCUUGCAACUUGUGUCUCUACCUUAUUUGCAACUGUAAAAUUACCAAUAAAGUUUUUGAAAGUUUGUCCAAAUUUUAUUGGAAAAGAAUAUAAGGAGUGAUCAGGUGAAAUAUUGUCAUGUUCCUUAAGAGCAUUUGAGCUUCCAGUGAGAGCUAUAAAAUUUCUUGAGUGACAGAUAUAUAAUGUGUCUGCCAUAAAAUCGGCACAGCCAAACCCCUGGCUAGAAAACUAUAGAUUUCCCUCAAAUAGGCAUCAAAGCCAAUGCCCAUAACUGCAGAAUAUGCAAUGUAAAAGUCCCCUUUGACUUAAGUCUCAUUUCUCUAAAAUCUGAUUGAUGUAAAUCAUCCAUUUUUAUAAAGAGAUCAACAAACCUCUCCACAUUAGUUCAAUCUGACCUCAUUUGGUCCUGUUCCCAGGAAAGAAAGGCUUUUGGAAAUAUUUUGUUUUUUAUCCUCACUGUUAUGAGCCCUUCUGUUUCUUUGUUAUUUGGCAUGUAAUAAGAGUCUUUCCAGACCACUGAAUUGUCAUACAACUCUUGAAAUUUAAUAGGUUGGAGAAUAAGGUUGCAAAGAGUGUAUAUGAUAUUGUUGUGCAGUUGAAAUGAUAAAUGAAGAUGAUUUUUAUUGGGAAAUAACUGAUUUAUUUAACUAUUUAUCUUACAACUGGAAGCCCAAACCAGUACUUGCUUUAAUUCACAAUUUCUCCACAUCAUUGAUCAUACCUGAUGAUAUUAAUAUUUCCAAGACUAAUGACUGAAAAGAGUUUUCCUUACUCCAUUAAAAUCCAUAGUUAUUCCUCCACUUCUAACAAGCUCUUUGAUCUAAGGUGACCAUAUCGCUAGUACUAAUGUUGUCUUACUUUUCUUUACUCAACGUUGGCCUUUCGUAGUUUUAAUAACUGGCCACGCCAGUUGUGAUUCAUGUAAAAAAAACUUUUGAAACAAAACAUAAACUUUUGUUAACUUUAAUUUUUUGCUAAAAUUGAAGUAAAUGGCAAUAGAAGUACAGUUGGAGCUCUGAAAAAGUGAAAUACUUCAAAUGAUCAACAACAACUUGAGAUAGCAAUGACAUGAUAAAAGUAUAACAUCCAAUUUAUUAGUGCUCUUCGACAGGCCUCUUACAUCCUUCACAAAUAACAUCAUCUACAUCAAUCGCCCAAACAAUUACAAGACAAGACUCAAAGUUGUCUGUACAAUCUUUCGCUUUUUGAAAAUAACUUCCUUCCACACACCACACAACAAUUUUAAGACUUUGCUGCAUCCAUCUAAGUUACAGAGAGAAAAAUGACAAGAAAAGUUGUCUCAAAUACUUGAUCCAUUGUUGUUUUCUGACACAUUUCCCUGCUUCUUUUUUUUUUCAAGUUCGAGUUGACCAGGAAGUAUUUGAUGAAGGGUUUGUGUUAGCAGGGAAGUCAAAGAAAGAACAGGAAAAGACUGUUUAUAGAAAUAGUUUCAACCAAACAAUUUUUUAACGAAAAUGGUGAUUAUGCUUUUGUCACUGAGGGGAACUAUGUGUUUCUGGUUAUCUUAGAAGACACCAAUCCAAUAAUUUAAUGCAAUAGGGGGAAAUACAUACAAUCAGAAAUGGAGGACAGUUUGUGUGUUAUAUUUACAUUUGUUAAGGGCGAUGGAAAUGUGCAUGACUGUGUCACAAGGAAUUGAUAUGUUUUUGUAGUUGAAAAUCCAUAUUUUUCAUCUCUCUUAAAUUUUAUAUUCAAAACAUUGUAUAGAUUACAAUUUUAAUCAAUAGCUAUAAUCAUGGUAGAUUUAUUGUCGAGUGCCAAACUUUUGAAAAAAAACAGGCUGAACUUUCUGAUUUGGUCCUGUAAAAGCCAAAAUGUUCUUAUGUAAUACAUUAUAUUUCAUUUAAUGAAAUAUUAACUGUAGCUUUGAAACUUUACUACACACUGUAUUGUAACUAGAAACAUCUGAUGAUAAAAUGUGUUAAAUAUUAUCUAGGUAACUCUGUGAAGACCUAGUACAACAUUUUGGCACCCACUUACUGUCCCAUUUUAUAAGGUGUGAGCAGCAAGUUUGGUUAUUGCAAUGUUUGCAUUGCUUGGUGACCUGAACUAGAACAGUUACUACAAUGGUGUCUCUGUUUCACUCUUUCAUACCCAGUUGCUUCCAGAAAUUGAAUUCAACAUUUCUUUUGAAGUUGUCACAGAGCAGUAAUUCCUCUGUGGUUAGAAGAUCUAAAGUAAUUUUUGGAAGCCACAACAUUAUAUUUCUCCAUGCUCUGCUAAUUAAAAUAUGCCACAAUUUUACACAACUUCAAACACUCUGGAACAUGAAAGUAUAAGGCAUGCAUGUAUGUUGUCACAUCUUUAACUUGGUACAAGGAUGAGAAGAUCUUAAACCAUCCUAUUUUUUCUUCAAGUUGAUUGAUUGAUUGAUUAGUUAAAAAAUCAAUUAAUUUUUUUAAUCUCCAAUGAUUUCCAUGCACCCAUCCCAUAGCAGCUGAAACUUUUCUGACUUCUUGUUUCCUGGCAAAAGUGAGGAUAGUUAAAUAUUUUACAUCACUUUAAGUAUUUCAGGACCCAUUUGAUCUCUACAGUCCAAUUUUUUUGGUGUUUUUGUGGUUCCUCCAUUCAAAAGAAAUGCCCAGAUUUUUUAGAAAGGUUUCAUAACCAGUCAUGCUUAAAAUUCUCUCAUGAAAAUCCAUUAUUACAUGUGGCAUUCUCACAAACAUACUUUCUCCCUAUGUUUGGGAUCAACUCAGACUUCCUUGCCAUUUCAUGGCAUGCUUCGUUGGAAAUGUUAAAUGUCUUUUAAAUAAAUCCAGUAUUUCAUGUCAUUAACCUGAGCAUCUGUUAGGUCACUGGAAUCAGAACCUGAUGGUGGCAUAUGAUCCUUAUCAAUUAGAUCAAAAGUUUUGUACUGUUCUGUGUCAUCAUUGAACACUUCUACUUUUGAAGCCACAAAUUUGUACAUUCCAAGAAAGGUUAGAGUAGCUUCACAUUCUUCUUUCAUUUGCUUCCUUAUCCUAUUUUAGUGUUACUUGGAGUGCUCAUUAAAGGACCUUUUCUCAGGGCUCAUUACACCUCUCUUACUCAUCUCUGCAAUUCUGUGAACUAGUUCUUGGAAUCUCUUCUUGUGAUACUUUGUAGCUUCUCCCUGUGUCGUCGAGCUUUUCCUCAAGUUUCUGUCGCUUGGUGAUUUUAUUCUUCAGAGAUUCUUCUGGCGUUCGUUUCUUCCCUCUUAAAUCUUGAUUUUCCUUUGCAAUAAAGUAAUUAUCAAGCUCGUAAUAAAAUAACUUGACGGAGUAAGUAAGGUCGCGCCACUCAUCAGUGAGCCUCUUAACACCGAAACCUCCACUUUCCUUCUUUGUUCGCUUUUGCUAAGACAUUUGGUAUUCGACUGUUGACGAGGAUGCCUCAAAUACCCGUUUGUUGCAUGAUUUUCUCCUCAACUGCAGCGAAGGAAGAUUCGCCACUUCCCUCUCCAUUCUCUUUGGCAAUUGUGUAG